AUGGUGGUAAUGAAUGAAUCUGGUUCGGGCUCUCAACGAGAAAUGGAUCAGAAGGUCGGAAUAGUCACUGGAGCGGGUACCCCUCAUGGUAUUGGUCGGGAACUGGUGAAGAAGUUGGCAGAGGCGGGAGCCCUGGCUGUUUAUGCGUGCGACCUGAAUCUGAGUGCCAUCCCUUCACUUCAGGAAGAAUUGAAAAUGGCUGGCUACGAUACACUUGUGGAGGGACGUCAAUUGGACGUCUCUGACGCAGAUCAAACUCAAGAAGUUGUCACAACUAUCACUAAAACCCACAAUCGCUUCGACUUUUUCUUUGCAAACGCUGGUUUCGCCAAUUAUAGGGAUCUCAAUGACACUGAAGUCCGGCACUAUGAGCGGCAAAUGGAUGUGAUGACCAAAGGCCCAUUUCUGGCAGUCAAGUACGGUAGUCAGGCAAUGAUGGUGACUUCAUCAAGUAAACCUAAACCUGGAGGCAGUAUUGUCGUUACUGGAUCUUGCGCAUCCUACUUAGGCUCAUAUUCGGACCUUCCAUAUGCUACUGCAAAGACCGCGUUGCAUGGACUGGUUGCAGCAGCUUCAGUGCAACUCUCCGCCAGCAACAUUCGAGUAAAUGGGGUAGCACCGGGAUUUACCGAAAGCAGCAUUCUCACAGUCUCAAAAAAUGCGGAAGGAGGGGAAUAUUCAAACAACAUGGAUCAAGCAACCAUCAAAGGAAACCAUAAAUGGUUCUUUGAAAGGGCUGGCCUGCUCGCGGCUCAAAAGUACUACUACAACCGAGUACAGGACCCAUCGGAGAUUGCGGGAGUGCAGUUCUUCCUCGCCUCCGGUUCUGCGGCGUGCAUUAAUGGGCAAAUGAUUCUCUGCGACAGCGGGAAGACGGCAGCUGCUAUGGGGGAGGGAUGUACCGGCUCAGUGCGCCCUAUCGUUUCACUAGAUUUAGACUUCAAGUAG